GAUUAACCAAAUUUCAACCUUUAAACCCUAAAUUUGGAAUACCCAUUUGGGUUAAUGGGUCAAUUUAGUUGUAAUAGAUCUUUCCAGAUGUUACAUCAGAUUUUAACCUGGAUUUUAUUUCUGUCUGGCAGCAAAGAAUCUUCACUAAAUUCAGAAAAUACAGGCUGAAAAUAUCUUUCAUGGGUUUAUUAUUUAUUAUGAUUUUUUUUCCUUCUCCUUAGUUCUCAAUUAUUCUACCAAGCUCUCGCCUCUUUAUAUAUUUCCCCCCUGCUUUCCAUACUUUAUUUCAAUCUGAAAUAGUUUGUUAAUGAUCGGCUAGAGUUCGGCGGCUUUGUCUUCGAAUUUGCGUAUGUGAAAGUAGCUUAUUUAGAUUUUUUGUAUCCUUAAAGUUUGGUAAUAUGGUAUAUUAUGUGGGUUUUGUCUCAAAAUUCUAUUGUGAUUGGUUUUUGGAAAUAUCUUCAGUUUGUUAAAGCUUGUUUGGUGAGGAUUGUUUUUUUUUUAAUUGGGGUUGUAAUAGAAUAUGAUUAUUUUAAUUGGAUUUACGUAAUUAUGUUCAGUUUGUCGAAAUUUAGUGGCGAUGAUUAAAUGCAUUUGUUCUUUUAUUAUUACAGGCAUUGGAAGCUGAGCUGACUGGAGGUGAAUAAUUUGUUAGCGUGGACUCUUUAGAAAGUUUCUGAAUUAUUGAUAAUAGUUGGAAGAACCUUGAAAAAGUAUUUUGAUAUCGAUUGAGCCAACUUCUGGAAGGACUGGAGGGAAGGAAUUAUGGGGUCCAUUUGUUCGUGUUUGUGUUUAGAGAAUUUGGAGGAGUACAUCCGUUCUGAUGCUUCCAUGCAUGGACAUUGUGGCUGUCUCAGAUGCUUGGCUCAACAAUUACUCCACAUGUACACUGCAUUCUUACAAAGGCAGGAAGUGAGUGCAGUCCCUUUGGACGAUCAGGGAAUGGAUUCCUUUCAUUCCUCUACAUCAGUCAUGGACAAUUCAACAUGUGACACUUAUCGUUCUCCUCCCAGACCUCUACCUUAUGAUGAUCCAAGAUCCUCUCAAGUGCAGCUUGGUGAACUUUUAUCUAGGCGUGAGAAGCCGUCAAGCCAUGAGGAAAAUGAAGCACUUACAGGAAGUAAUAAUGGUACUGACUUGGAAAUGAGCACAACAAAAUUUAGCGGAUCUAGUUAUGAGGCCGCUUCCAAGUUAUAUCGUUCUAAGUCCUCAUUGAAGGAAACAUCACCAGAAAUUCCUAAUGCAAUGACAUACUUUCAUUCAUAUGAAGAUGCAGAAUGCCCAACAUGUCUUGAAGAGUAUACUUAUGAGAACCCAAGGAUAGUAAUGAAGUGCUCCCACCAUUUCCACCUCAGUUGUAUAUAUGAAUGGCAAGAGAGGAGUGAAUGGUGUCCAGUUUGUGGCAAGGUGAUGGUGUUUAAUGAAACAUAGUCCUCAUGCCCAUAAACUCUGUCCAUAUGUAACAUAAGCCGAUUCUUCAUUACUGUAUUUCAAGCAGUUGUACAUAUCCUAUGUAUGUUUCCAUAUGAAACAUUUGGUUGGAGUGGAUUUGUCUUAUAAUUUAUGCGUGAAGGGCAAGGGGUGCAAUGUUGGUGCAAGUGGUCAAGUGCUCAAGCACAAUAUGUAAAAAUUCUCAUGAUUUGUAAAUACGACGCAUCGUUUCCUUGUCAUGCCUUAUUUAUUUCUUGA